GAGUCGGAGCUGAAUUCGCUCCACAUUUUACGGAGGGCUGUCAGCACUGAGCGCAGCUACCGAGAGCGACAGAGUGCGUGUGUAUGUGUGUGUGGGGUGGGAAAGAAAAGGCGCUUUUAAUCCCCUGAACUUUCCGAGAAUAAAAGAAGAAACCCCGGGGAGCGCACGGAGCGGACCGUGGCACAUGGAAACGCUAUGCAGCUGGAGAGACAGCGGUGGACUUUAUCGUAGUUUCACUCAAGAGGAGGCAAAGUGAGGCGAGAUAAACAUGCUCACCCCGAUGCUGGCCUCCUUGCUGCCGCUUCUCCUUCUCUUUAGGAUUUCUUUCUGCCAGUAUUCAAGCGACCAGUGCAGCUGGAAGGGCAGUGGUCUGACCCACGAAGGCCACACCAGGGAUGUGGAGCAGGUGUACCUACGUUGCUCCCAAGGCUCGCUGCAGUGGCUCUAUCCCACAGGGGCCAUCAUUGUCAACCUUCGACCCAACACGGUCUCCCCGGCCACCUCUCGGCUCUCUGUCUGCAUCAAGCCCUCCCUGGAGUCCAGUGGCACCAACAUCUACCUGGACCGAAAUGGCAAGCUGAGGUUACUGCUGCUCGAGCAGGACCAGGCUAAGGGCAAGGUGCACUGCUUCGGGAUUCAGGAAGGGGCGCUCUUUAUCGAGGCCGUCCCUCACAUGGACAUCAGUCGGCGGAUUACAGCGUUCCAGUAUGAGCUGGUCAGCGACAGGCACAAGGCGGGGCCACACUCACUCAGUGCACCCUGUCAGCCCUGCAAUGAUGCUGAAGUGCUUCUAGCUGUCUGCACAAAUGACUUUGUGGCACGAGGCAGCAUUAGGAACGUGGAUCAGGAAGAGGAGCACUCAUCUGUCACUGUGGAAAUCAGUCGCCUUUACAGACAGAAGACCCAGGUCUUUGUAACUGGGGGUGUGAGGGUACGGAGCUGGACUGGCCGCGUCAAAAUGCCCCUUCACUGUAGGGUGAGGUCUGGUGAGGGGGAGUUCCUGUUCACAGGGGCUGUGAGGUUUGGGGAAGCCUGGAUGGGCUGUGCCCCACGCUACAAAGACUUCCUGCAGUUGUAUCAUGAAGCACAGCAGCAGGGCACCAACCCCUGUCAGGUGGACACUAACUGAGCAGGUCGCCUGCCCACGUUUGGAGAUGGAACAAGUCUUCAGGAACUGAGGAGACUGGCCCAGUGAGGGGGGAGCCCCUCUCCUUUCCUGCUGUCUCAUGACUCUUUGGAGACAAUGCACGGAGCUGCUGGAUGUUGCCAAGCAGCAUGCUAGCCGAACUCUGGUGAUGCAACGUGGAAUGUGUUCAGACCGCCUUUCUUACGCACGAGGAAUCGCAAAGAUUUAAAUGUAGCAGAUCCCAUUUGUUUGUGUAUAAAAUGUGAAAUAAUAUUGUACAUUUUGAAGUUCUGUGUACUUUGUUCAAAAACAAAAAAAAAAAAGCCUUGAUGUACAGUUCUGAAUUUAUUUCUUAUGACAGAUGUAUAAAAUGAAAGUCUCUUAUUUUGUUUAAAAAUUAAUUGCAAUUUAAUGCCUGAAUUUAUUUGUUUU